UAUGAAGGUGCUGCAAAAGAAGGUGGUAGAGGACCAAGCAUUUGGGAUACCUUCACUCACAAAUAUCCAGAAAAGAUUAACGAUAGCAGCAAUGGAGAUAUCACUGUUGAUCAAUAUCACCGCUAUAAGGAAGAUGUGGGGAUUAUGAAGAAUAUGGGGUGGGAUGCUUAUCGAUUCUCUAUCUCAUGGUCAAGAUUGUUACCAAAUGGAAAGUUAAGUGGAGGAGUGAACAAGGAAGGAAUCAAGUAUUACAACAAUCUCAUCAAUGAGCUCUUACGCAAUGGUUUAACGCCAUUUGUGACACUCUUCCAUUGGGAUCUUCCCCAAACUUUAGAAGAUGAAUAUGGUGGUUUCUUAAGCCCUCAUAUUGUCAAUCAUUUUCAAGAUUACGCAGAACUUUGUUAUAAGGAAUUUGGUGAUCGAGUAAAGCAUUGGAGCACAGUGAAUGAGCCGUAUACCUUCAGUAACAAUGGUUAUGCACUCGGGUCCCUUGCGCCGGGACGAUGCUCCACUUGGCAGCAGCUAAACUGCACCGGCGGAGAUUCAUCUACUGAACCAUAUUUGGUAACACACCACCAGCUCCUUGCUCAUGCAGCUGCUGUAAAAUUGUACAAGAAUAGAUACCAGGCAUCUCAAAAUGGAGUGAUAGGGAUAACACUGAAU